CACUGUUGUUUUGAUGUAAGAAGUCUCGUUACGUCUCUGAUUGAACAAAAUAAUUUAAAUAGUUAUCUCGUGAUUCUUCGAUACUUGCUCGAAAAUGUACCGAACAUUUCUCGGUGCCACGGCUAUAUUAAUGAUGAUAGAAUUGAACGUCUAUACAGCCACCGAUUGGUGGUGGGGAGCGAAAGAUCCAUUUGGUCCAUAUCCGAGAAUACCGAAUAAAGAUUUGGUGAAGAAAGAAAUUACAUUCGCAGAGGAAUGCAGAAAAUUUAUCACUGCGCCUAAAGAUGAAUGGUAUUAGGGGAAUUUCAUUAAGGGUACUUCAUUAACUUUAAUUGUACAGUGAAUAUGUAUGCGUUUUUUCCUUGGGAAAAAUGUAGUAAUAAAUGUUAUAGUAAUUUAUAAUAUAAUA